UCAUCGCAGCCGAUGCCAAAAAGGAGUACCAUUCAAGAAAUGGCACUGAGUGUAGCAUAUCAACUGUUGUAAUUACUGGUGUGUUACCAGAAACAUCGUCAACCUAAUCGCAAGUCAGUUUCAUAAAUCAAGUUUGGCAGACAGAAUGACAUUGUUACACGCUUUAUUUGUGUACACUAUUGCCUGUAUUGUUGGCUUCUAUAUUUCUGUGCGUUUAGCCUUUCGUUACAUCUGCAAUCCGACUGCAUUUCCGGUGAAGAAGAGAAAUGAACCACCGCCAUGUCUGACAGACCCUGCCCUUGGGAAUCAUGGGUAUCUCACUCUUAAAGGCAUCAAAAUCCAUUAUGUUGAAAAAGGAGAUAACACAAAACCACUCAUGUUAUUUGUACAUGGGUUCCCUGAAUUCUGGUACUCAUGGAGAUAUCAAAUUCAAGAAUUUUCUAAGGAUUACUGGACUGUGGCAAUAGAUAUGCGAGGCUAUGGUGACUCGGAGAAACCUCUUGGCAUAAAAAACUACAGCAUGACUUAUCUUGUUGAUGAUAUAAAACAAGUUGUAGAAAGUUUAGGUCGACAAAAAUUCAUCUUAGUUGCACAUGACUGGGGUGGUGCUGUUGCAUGGAACUUUAUUCAGAAGCAUCAUGAAAUGGUAGAAAGUUAUAUUAUCAUGGAUGCUCCAUAUUCUCCAGCUUUUAUGGACGUUGUUAAAACAAAUCCAAAACAGUUCCUCUGGUCUUUGUAUAUGUUUUUCUUCCAACUCCCGUAUCUUCCAGAACUCUUUCUUUCGUCUUUUGACUUCAGAGGCUUUCGACGCUUAUUCAGAGGAAAAAAACCAAAGUCUCCUCUAACUGUCACUGAUGAAGACAUUGAAGCAUUUAAAUAUACUUUCAGCAAACCUGAGGGAUUAACACCUCCACUCAACUACUACAGAGCUAAUAUUCUCAGAAGAAUACCCUCCAACCCAUCACAAAUAAAAUUGAAUAUUGAAGCAAAAGGUCUUUUAAUGUUUGGUGAACUCGAAAUCUAUCUGGUUCUAGACCAUGUAACAGUAGCUCAAAAAUAUGUGAAGAAUCUACAAGGCAGGAUUGUUAAAGGAGCCAAUCAUUUUGUACAACAGGAUGAUCCAGACACUGUGAACAAAUACAUGAGAGAAUUUCUUCAAAAUAAUUGAAAAUGAAGCCAGAUUAUUUUAAUGAUCAGGAUUAAGGAGCUGUGUAAAAAAAUCAGGAUAUACUGUCAUGAAAAUUAUAGCAUGGUUUACCCAAACCUUUCAAGGUUAAUUAAAUAAAAAGAUAAAAUCACCUGUUUA